AUGUAUAAAUUGAUUUAAGGAAAACUGCAGUCUAUAUUGUGUAUGGUUGCAUUAAAGUUGUGUAUACAUUUGUGUCUAUACAAGAUGCAAUAUUGCUCUUUGGCCAUCCUAUUUGUGAUAUUCCUGGUCUCCGCAGAGGAUUUACAUCCACGCGGAUGUAUUUAUAUUGACGGAAUUUGUCAAGAGGAUUGUGAACUGGGGACCCACGCUUACACCACUGGCUGUGGUCAUCUGACACCGGAACCCACGUGCGCGGAGCCCCAUCCAAAGCCGAGGAGAGGUCGUAUCUGUGACUACUCCGCCUGCUAUUGUGACCCCCCAACUGUACGCGACCCUAAAACUAAGAAAUGUGUUCAACUACAUGAAUGUAACCAUGAUUAAGUGCAAAAAGGACUUAUAAAAUGAAAAGAGUUAUAUCUCUUCACAGUCUCUUUAAGAAUUUUUACUAAAUUACUAGCUUUUUAAUAUUGUUUGUUGCACUAAUUGUGUCAUUUUUA